AUGUCCCAGAACCUUCAGGUCAAACGCAAGCGCACCCGGACGCUGGACGCCGCGGCGCCGCGUAGCGGCGCAGCGUCGCAUGGGGCCGUGCCCCAGGGUAUGUUUCUCGACAACGAUGCCGAUCCUAUCAUUGGGGAAAUGCUGGCACGGCAGUCCGCUCUGCUGCAGGGAAAUCUGAUCGACUCCCACUUUGGCAGCAUGGGUUCCCGUGCGCCGCAGGGAGUACAAGAUUCGGGAUCCGCCACCGCGGUCGCAAACGAGAAUUUUCACGACCACAACGUUAACGAGGAUAACGAGGAAGACGACGAUCUCAUUUUUGUCAAGGAACAGCCUGCCCAACCGCCUCUGCCGCUUGAUCCACAGGCAGAUCACCACUACACCAGCAAGAAAUUCAAAAAACAGAGAACAAUUUCGCUACCGCAACUACCGCAUGCAAAACUUCUUUACGAGGCCGCACAAUACCGGGCUUUGCCUCGCCGUCAAAAUGACGACGAUCUCAUCCAUUUGAGUGGCUCUUCUACCAAGACCAUAGACGGUAAUCGCGCAGUGACCUUGAACGUUGUCAGAAGCGUUUCUCCGCUUACUGCGCAAGACCAAUAUCCCUCCUCUCCCGUGUUUAAACGUAUGGCCACAGCACCCAAGAUAUCCAAACUCGUCUCUGCAGGCAAGAAAAAACUGAAACGCGAGUUUUUCCAAACCGACAAAGAGGGACACUACGUUUAUCGCGAAGACGAUAUUUUUUGUAAUAGUAGAUUCGUUGUCAAAGAGUUGUUGGGUCAAGGCACUUUCGGGAAAGUCGUACAAUGCAUCGAUCAUGCCCCGACCGUGUCCUGCAACUACCAGCGCGAAAGCGAAUUUCACGGUUUUGAGGAAGACCCCUUCGCACAAUCCUUCGAAGAUUCUCACUUCGACCUGGAGUAUCCAACUUCUGAUCGUCCCGCUAGCUCUAACUACCCAAAACUCGUGGCUGUCAAAAUUAUUCGUGCCGUUGAUCGGUAUCGCGAGGCUGCCAAGACUGAGCUACGUGUCUUAAAGGCCAUAUUGGACAACGAUCCGAUGGGACAAUACCAAUGUUUACUAUUACGGGAAUGCUUUGAUUAUAAAAACCACAUUUGUUUGGUCACAGACUUGUUCGGCAAGUCGGUUUAUGACUUCAUGUGUAAUAACGGGUGCCCCCGUUUCCCGGGAUCUCAUGUGCAAGCCAUCUCCAAACAACUCAUCCGGUCUGUAUGUUUUUUGCACGACUUGGGUAUUAUUCAUACCGAUCUUAAGCCCGAGAACGUUUUACUAUGCGACGAAACGUACGUUGGGAAACCGCUGUCACAACAACAAUACUCUACUUUGAGUCCGCGUCGUAAAAGCGCUUGUAACGGAGAACGAAAAUUCUUGACAAAUCCAGAGGUCAAGCUAAUAGAUUUUGGCAGUGCAGUGUUUCACAAUGAGUUUCAUCCUGCAGUUAUCUCCACCCGCCAUUACCGCGCUCCAGAAAUCGUCUUGGGUCUUGGAUGGUCUUUUCCUUGUGAUAUUUGGUCCACUGCUUGUGUGCUGGUAGAAUUGGUUACCGGUGAGUCCUUAUACCCAAUACAUGAAAAUUUAGAACACAUGGCAAUGAUGCAGAGAUUCAACGGCCGGCCAUUUCCUCCCAAGAUAGUUGAAAAUAUGUUCUACAAAGCCGAUCGUAAGUUGGGGAAUAUGUCACCGGAUUUGAAUGCCACGGUUGUAAAGCAUUUCGAUAGAGAAACUUUAGCAUUACAAUGGCCUGAACGGAACUCAAAGGGUGAGAUUUUAACAAAAGAGAGGUCUAUGAAGAGAAUUUUAACAAGCUGUGAUCGUUUGGACAAAUAUAUCCUACAAAAAAUACGACAAGAUUACGGCGAAUGGCUAAUCAUUAAUUGGGACUUGAGCCCCGAGGAUAACUGGGCUCUAUUGGAAUCAAAAUUCGACGAGCAAGUGCUCGAUAGGGAAGUGUUUUUAUUUUGGUAUUGGUUCCUCGACUUAUGCAAAAAAAUGUUCGAGUUUGAUCCCACAAAGAGGAUAACCGCCAGGGAAGCAAUAAAUCACGAAUGGUUUAAUUACGGUAUUUUGGAUGAGGGUAUUGCAAGCUUUGGAAAAGUUAAACAUGCGAAAUAA